CCUUCUUUACCUCAAAAAAAACAUAUGCCUUCUAUAUAUUUGAUUUCUUCAAUUGGCGCGUAACCAGGCUUUGACCAUUUCUUCAAUCUGCAAUUAUCCGUCACAUUCAAAUUAAUGAUUAAGACUUUCCAUGAACAUCUUCCAAGUGGCAUGCAAGGGCGGCUUUUCUUAGUACUGAUAAAAAUGAAAAGGACAAGAAGCUUAAUUAAGACAAUCGAAUAUUUAUCUGAUUAGGGUUGAGUUAAAUAGAGAAUUAUCUUUUUAUUCAUUAUGAACAAAUCUAUUCAUUUUACGAAUAGAUCAACAUAAGUAAUGAACAGUUUAGUAAAAAUAAAGAAAAACUCGCCACAGCAGGAUUCGAACCCUUGGCAAAUUGUUGUUCAUGCGGUACAUUGAUCUGUUCAUUAAAAUUAUAGAUCUGUUCGUUUUUAUUUUACGAAUUCUCUAUUCUCCACAAUAUUUAGCUUCUCUGUUGAACCCUUCUCUAUCUAAUUAAACAAACCUCUAUAAAUACUAAAACGCUAACAGCAAAUGUACUUCAUCAUAAAGAUUGAUCUAAUUUUUAAUCGAGCUUCCGAAUUUGUUGUGCAUCGAUCAUGGCUAACAACAUUGUUUUAUUAAGCCUGCUACUGGGAGCCCUGUGUCUUGGCUUCCUGGCAUCUGCCUUGGAACCUAGUCCUUUGCAAGAUUUUUGUGUAGCUGAUGCCACUGCCUCAGCAAGAGUGAAUGGUCAAGUUUGCAAGAGCCCUGGAUCAGUUGGAGCCAACGACUUCUCCUUCAGUGGGCUCCACAUUCCCGGCAACACCUCGAACCCUAACGGUUCAAGGGUGACCGCGGUGACCGUAGCCCAGUUGCCAGGGCUCAACACCCUCGGAAUCUCCAUGGUGCGCAUUGACUACGCGGCGUGGGGAAUCAACCCUCCCCACACCCACCCGAGAGCCACGGAGAUCUUGACGGUCAUUGAGGGUUCACUUGAAGUAGGGUUUGUGACCUCCAAUCCCGACAAUAGGCUCAUCACAAAGACCCUUCAGAAGGGCGACGUUUUCGUGUUCCCGAUUGGACUCGUUCACUUCCAGCGCAAUGUGGGGACUAAAAAUGCAGUUGCCAUAGCUGCAUUGAGCAGCCAGAACCCUGGGGUCAUCACCAUUGCUAACGCUGUUUUCGGGUCGAAGCCCGAUAUUAGUAGCGAUGUUCUCGCCAAGGCCUUCCAGAUCGAGCAGAGUGUUGUGUAUCAUCUCCAGGCCACAUUCUAGGACUACAGAUUUGUACUCUGUUUUGCCGUGUACUUGCUUUGCUGUGUCACAUAUGUUUCUUUUUCUUUCUUUUCUUGCUUGAUUUCGGUAAGUAAAUUUUUUUAAUGAAUGAUGUAAUAGCUAUUAGUCCACAUUGUAAUUGAUUUCGAUAUGUUAUUUUUAUUCAAAGAAGCUAUUGAU